AUGUUGGGGAGGUUAUUAGCACAACAGUUUGAAAAACAAGGAUUACAAUAUGAAGAAUCCUCUGGAAUCCUUUGGUGUUCUUUAUGUACAUCUUCUGAAGGAUUAGUUGUAAUUGAGAAGGCAACAAAAGAAGAUGUAUUGGAACAUUGUAAACUAAAACGACAUAUGAUUGCAAUGGAGAAAGAAAUUGCCAUUGAACAAUAUUGUCCUGUGGAAAUAAAUGGUCGUCAAAUGCUUCUUGAUCAUCAUUGUAUUUAUCCAGCUCGUAUGUUUGGGAAAGGAACAGUAAUUUUGGAUGAAACUUUGGGGUACAUAAUUGCAGAAGAUGUCUGUGGUGGUGUGAAGUUAAUUCCUCGACAUAAAUACACAGUAGUAGAACUUAUAAUUCCUUCAAGUAUGGCCCCUUUGCCAUAUGAACCAGAUUACUUUGUUGAGAGGUCUAUUCGAAGCAAGAAACGCAGAGCUGGGGUAAAAGUCUGGAUAGAGCAACACAACGUUUCUAUACAAGGUGAAACGGCUGCAAUUAAAAGAAAACGAAUGCUUUUUCAAGAAACAGUCGUAUAA